UAAAUACAUUCGUGACACGUGCUCCGAUAUUUUUACAUAUUAAAUAGCGUACUUUCUGAAGUAAUUAAGUCAUGACACUUAGAAAUUGUUGUGUCUGCAGAAAGCAUGAUGCACUUUACAAAUGUCCGACGUGCAGGGAAUUUUAUCAAGUUUCAUUUACUGUUUCAUUUACUUUUUAUUGCAAAGAGCAUAAGACUCAAUACUGCAAGCCUCCAAUAUUAUCUGAGGCAUCCAAGGAUCAUCAAAGCGUCAAUCAAAGGAAAUACAAUUUUCCAACGGAAGAUACGGUGCCCAUGGAGAAGUUACAGCAGUUGUGCGACAACAAGGAACUGAAACAGUGCCUCCAAUCUUCCCACUUGCGUAAUAUUAUGAAGACAGUUGUGAAUAGUCCAAAUCCAACCGAGGCGAUUGCUUUAGCCAUGAAAAAGGAACCUAUAUUCGUGGAGAUGGCUGAUGCUUGUCUGAAGAUCGUAGAACCACCAGACCAUGCUAAGCCAUGUUAAACUACUUCUGACAAGUGAGUACUUGUAAGUGUAUGUUAUUGUUGCACCAAAUAAGGCUGUGAUAUAUUAAAGACAUAAUUUUUAAUACAACUUGUAAAUAUAUUUUACAAAUUGCAUAAAAAUCUCAAG